AUGCCGUCUAGAGCAGAGCUUUUAAAUGAGGCUGAGUCGCUGGCCCCCUCAAAUCCUGUACAAGCGGAAGCACUGUUCAAAGAGGUUCUACAAUCACCGGAUAAUCAAUUUGCUCAUGUAGAGGAACGUGAGCGAGAAAUCCGGCAUCAGGAGACGGCCCUUGUGAAGCUGGGAGAGCUCUACCGCGACCAGAAUAACGCGAAAGGUGUCGCAGCGGUCAUCACAUUAUCUCGUUCCUUCGUCUCCUCAGCUGCAAAAGCUAAAACCGCUAAGCUCAUCCGGACUCUUCUGGAUUGCUUCACUCCGAUCCCUAACAGUCAGCAGAUCCAGAUUGACGUACUCCUUGAAAACAUCCAGUGGGCAAAACGCGAAAAGCGGAUAUUCUUGAAACAUAGUCUGGAGACACGAUUGGUUGGCCUUCAGCUAGAAACAUCACAAUACAGACCCGCACUUGCCCUGAUUGACACGCUCUUGACGGAGCUCAAGCGGCUAGACGACAAAAUGAUCCUGACGGAAGUCCAUUUGCUGGAGAGCAGAGUCUACCGCGGUUUAGGAAACCUCGCAAAGGCCAAGGCCGCUCUCACAUCGGCGCGAACAGCAGCGAAUGCGAUCUACUGCCCGCCGCAUCUACAAGCCCGCCUGGAUCUACAGUCCGGCAUCCUUCACGCGGAAGACAAGGAUUAUACGACGGCAUACUCAUAUUUCUUCGAGACAUUCGAGAACAUGAGCACACAGGAUGACCCUGGUGCGCUCGGCGCGCUCAAAUACAUGCUGUUGUGCAAGGUCAUGCUGAACUUGCCAGAGGACGUAACAUCGCUGCUUUCUAUCAAGCUCGCGCUGAAGUAUGCGCAGCUGCGAGAUGUAGAGAGCAUGCGCGCGGUCGCACGGGCGCAUCAGAAGCGCAACCUCGCCGACUUCGAGAAGGCGCUUAAGGACUACCAGCAGGAACUCUCUUCGGAUCCGACAAUCCGCACACAUCUGUCGGCAUUGUAUGAUACUCUCCUUGAAGGCAACCUUCUCCGUAUUGUGGAACCAUACUCUGUCAUCGAGGUCGAGUAUGUCGCGCAGCAGGUCGGCCAGGGCCGACAGGCAGUAGAGACCAAGCUGUCCCAGAUGAUUCUGGACAAGGUCUUCCAUGGUGUGCUCGACCAGGGCCGCGGUUGUCUCAUCGUGUUCGACGAACCAGAAGCUGACAACUCGUAUGGUGCCGCGAUCGACACAUUGGAGCAAGUUGGCAAGGUGGUGGACUCGUUGUACGCGAAGACAGUCAAGAUUGCAUAG